GACAAACACCGCCGAAGCAACAGCUCGGCACCACCAUCACAACAUGAAGCUCCCUUCAACAGCAGCCGUACUGGCUUACGCCUUUUCUCAAGCGCAAGCCUUCUCCGACUCGUCGCCAUUCAUCCUCUUUUCCACAGCCAAACUCCCUCAGCAACCCCCGACCAUCCAGCUCCAAACUUCAUCCAAGGUCCUCGAAACAGCCAAAUCCCUACUCGCAGCAUGCCCAACGAGGCGCUACAUCCUCGUAUCCCAACCCAACAUGCACGCGGCCGACCUUGGCCCGGACGACGACUGCCGCAUGCCGAACCUGUGCCGCGCCGUGCGGGGGAUGGACCGGGCGCACAGCUGGGCCGUCGCCGAGGUGAUCGGCCAGGUCUCGGGCAAGCCGCUGGGCGAGUACGUCAGCUCGACGUGUGGGGCGGACAAGGUGGUUGUGGAGAGGGUUGAGCUAGCGCAUCUGCCUGCUGUCUUGGAGGGUGGUGAGAAGAGGAGGGGGGAGGUCUUGGGGGAUAAUGAUUAUGAGCUGGGCAAGUUGCUUGAUAUGUUGGAUGGGGAGGAUUACACCGUCAUGGUGUUCUCAGACCCCAACGAGUUCAAGGCGUACGAACCCGAGUUUGCCGAGCCGGUGCAUAUCGAUAUGAAGAGGUGGGCAGAGGAGGAAGCAGGGGAGGGGGGAAAGAAGAAGUUGAAUUCGACUGACAACCUGCCGCUGUUUGAAAAGUACCAGUUUUUCACACCCGGCAUCUUCAUGUCAUUCAUUGUGCUCGUAAUUCUUCUGUCCAUCCUGGGCGUUGGCCUUAAGGCACUUGCAAGUCUGGAGGUCUCGUAUGGAGCGUUCGACAAGGAUAUGGGCCCGGCUGCCCAGAAGAAGCAGAUGUAAAUUAGUGUUGACUUGUACCGCCGUGGUGUUGCACUUUUGCAUUAGGGUAUUUGUAGCAUGGGUAGCUACCCUGGGCUGGAGUUAGGUGGCUUGGGCAUAAUCGUGGCAUCAAUAUCUAUCUUAAACAGUUGUUCAAGACGCCUUCCUGGCCCUUCAAGGCAUGUUCUGAUUGUACAAUUCAUGGCGAGUGAGGGUCCACUGCAACGAUCCGUAGAAAUUUAACUAGACCCU